AGGUGGGGUUUAGGGGGGAAUCAUAUGAUUCUCGAGGCUCCGCCCCUGCUGCUGCUUCUGCUGCUGGAGUCGCGGAGAUCCGCAGUGACAGAGCUGAAGGGCUUCCUUUACCCGGUCGCUCGCACACAGUCUUUGGCAGCUCGCGCCGUAGUAGCAUCAUAGGGAAUUCUUCUGUGACUUGACUUAGAAAAUCAUAUGCCUGGGAAGUUGUGAUAAUACCCCACCUUGGUCAGUUUCACCUCUAGCUUAUAAGCUUUUGACAAGUAAAUUAACAAGAUGGAUUUCUCCCAACUACCCAAAAUUCGUGAUGAAGAUCAGGAAAGUGAAUUUGGCUACGUAUAUGGAGUCUCAGGACCUGUGGUCACUGCCUGUAACAUGUCUGGUGCAGCUAUGUAUGAACUGGUAAGAGUGGGCCAUAGUGAACUGGUGGGAGAGAUUAUUCGGUUGGAAGGUGAGAUGGCCACUAUCCAGGUGUAUGAAGAAACCUCUGGUGUAUCUGUUGGUGAUCCAGUACUCCGGACUGGCAAACCCCUCUCUGUGGAGCUAGGUCCUGGCAUAAUGGGAGCCAUUUUUGAUGGCAUUCAGAGACCUUUGUCGGACAUCAGCCAUCAGACUCAAAGCAUUUACAUUCCCAGAGGAGUCAACGUAUCUGCUCUUAGCAGAGAUAUCAAAUGGGAAUUUACGCCUUAUAAAAACCUUCGGGUUGGCAGUCAUAUCACUGGUGGCGAUAUUUAUGGAUUAGUAAAUGAGAACUCCCUCAUCAAACACAAACUUAUGCUGCCACCCCGUAACCGAGGUACAGUGACGUACAUUGCCCCACCUGGCAACUAUGAUACCUCAGAUGUUGUCUUGGAACUUGAAUUUGAGGGAGUAAAAGAGAAGUUCACCAUGGUCCAAGUGUGGCCUGUCCGUCAAGUCCGUCCUGUCACUGAGAAGCUGCCUGCCAAUCACCCUCUGUUAACUGGCCAGCGAGUACUUGAUGCCCUUUUCCCAUGUGUACAAGGAGGAACUACCGCUAUCCCUGGUGCUUUUGGCUGUGGAAAAACUGUGAUAUCACAGUCUUUAUCCAAGUAUUCAAACAGUGAUGUGAUCAUCUAUGUGGGUUGUGGAGAAAGAGGAAAUGAAAUGUCUGAAGUACUCAGAGACUUCCCAGAGUUAACAAUGGAAGUUGAUGGGAAGGUGGAGUCUAUAAUGAAGAGAACAGCUUUGGUGGCUAACACCUCCAACAUGCCUGUCGCUGCUAGAGAAGCUUCUAUUUACACUGGAAUUACUCUGUCUGAAUAUUUCCGUGACAUGGGCUACAAUGUCAGUAUGAUGGCUGAUUCUACAUCUCGAUGGGCAGAAGCCCUUAGAGAAAUUUCCGGUCGCUUAGCUGAAAUGCCUGCUGACAGUGGUUAUCCUGCAUAUCUUGGUGCCCGUUUGGCCUCUUUUUAUGAGCGAGCUGGCCGAGUAAAAUGUCUUGGAAACCCAGAAAGAGAAGGCAGCGUCAGCAUUGUAGGAGCUGUUUCUCCCCCUGGUGGUGAUUUCUCUGAUCCUGUCACAUCUGCCACUCUUGGUAUUGUCCAGGUGUUCUGGGGCUUAGAUAAGAAACUAGCUCAGCGUAAGCACUUCCCUUCAGUAAACUGGCUGAUCAGCUACAGCAAGUAUAUGCGUGCCUUGGAUGAGUACUAUGACAAGCAUUUUACAGAGUUUGUUCCUCUGAGGACCAAGGCUAAGGAGAUCCUGCAGGAAGAAGAGGAUCUGGCAGAGAUCGUACAGCUUGUGGGCAAGGCUUCUUUAGCAGAAACAGAUAAAAUUACCCUGGAGGUAGCAAAACUUAUCAAAGAUGACUUCCUGCAGCAAAAUGGAUAUACUCCUUAUGACAGGUUCUGCCCAUUCUACAAGACUGUAGGCAUGCUCUCCAAUAUGAUCGCGUUUUAUGAUAUGGCACGCAGAGCUAUUGAAACAACUGCCCAGAGUGAUAAUAAAAUCACAUGGUCCAUUAUCCGAGAACAGAUGGGAGAUAUUCUCUAUAAACUGUCCUCCAUGAAAUUCAAGGAUCCAGUAAAAGAUGGUGAAGCCAAGAUCAAGGCUGACUAUGCUCAACUUCUUGAAGAUAUGCAGAAUGCAUUCCGAAGUCUGGAAGACUAGAACUGUGAUUUCUUUUCUUCUCCUCUCCCUCGACCAGCUCACGUGUUCUUAUCUCUUUAAAUUCUAUAUCCCUUCCCCUUUGCUUCCUCAUUGUGCAUCAUUGAGACCAGUAUGUGUGUGUGUGUGUGUGUGUGUGUGUGAGUGUGUGUGUGUGAGUGUGUGACUAAUUAUUCAUUUUCUUGUUCAUAUUUGGUGGGUCUUACAUAAAACAAACAUUCCUUGGUUUCAGUGUUUGAUGGGCCUCCCUGAUUCUUUGUCUGAAGUGUCGUAUAUAAUGACUGUGACUAUCUCUGGUACAGAGUGGGAAUGGCUACACUAACAGUAACUCAGAUAGAGGAUGACUUGAUGACUCUCCCCCUUUCCCCAAGUUACAGACAGGAGUAACACAGGUACUUUUUUUUAAAGCAUUUGUUUUGGCUUAAACAGCCUUGCCCCUGUGUCUUUUGACAUGGAGUCAGUACAUGGAAUGAUCCAUUGUUCUCUAUGGUGAGCGUAUUUGAAGCUUAGCAUUCUGCUAGCUGCUUACUAUGCAGAAAAUAAGUGGUUUCUUUUUUUAAGUAAUGAGAUUGAUUAAUAUUGUUCCAAUUAUGGGUUGCUUCUACUAAUAAAAAAUCAGGAAUAUUUGUAGAAAAUUGUGGAGAAUUACUCUGUUUCUCCGAUUGUGCCUGAAAUAGUGAGUGCAUUGAAAGGCAGUUAUGGGGCUCAGCACAAUAUUUGAAUCGGUACCAAAAAGGGGGAUAGGGAGGAGCCAGGUUGCUAGCUGAACAUGAACAUCAUACUUUGAAAGCAUGCUCUGUUUCCAUAAGUAAAUAUGUUGCAUCAAGAAUUGUUGUAGUGCACUGAUGUUGGAUUUAUUUGAAAAGUGUGCUUCAAAUGAUCGGUAGGGACACGUACCACCUUGCUCUCUUUCUUUCCUUGACAACCAUUUUAGACACCUAAGCUUUUCCAAAUUUGGUAGAGUACAUAUGAGCUUCAAGAUGCAGAGAAUGGUGGCUCGGUGGCUACUUGGGACCGUUAAGGAAAAGUUUGACUAUAAAAAUGCUACCCUGGCCCCACGAAUCACGUUUUCUUUGAAAUGAUUACCUGUCCACCACAUUGUGUGCAUGUUUAAAAAAAGUAUCCUGUUGGCCAGUUUGUGAAAAAUACCUGUUCAAGAGCAUUUUCCUUCUUGUGGUUGGUGAUGUUGGCUCUGGUUUUUCCCAUUACUGGCACAAGAAAUUCCCCAGAUUGUCUGUUUGUAUGUAGCCAUCGCAACAUGACUUCAAAGGUUCCCCUCCAUUUUGUAGGGCUGAUGGGAGUAGUAAAUUCUUGUGUUUGUUACUAAUCCCUAAAGGUAUUGGUGACAGUGGUAACAUUCCACUCUACAGAGAAACUAAGGGUCAUCUGAAAAAGGAGGUGGCUUCAUCCUGUCUCUUAAUGUACAUUUUUAAAACGUGCUUGUUGUAGGGUACACGAGGAAGGAAAACUACAGAGCUUCCCUGAGAGUGGCAGUUUCCCAUUUAACUAUCACUUGCCAAAAGUUCUGGUAUCAGUGCUUCAGAAUUAAUAGAUUUUAGAAGAAAAGGGGGAGAGUUCUUUGAAAGGAGCACUUUAGCUAUGUCAAAUAGUUCUAAAGAGCCCAGAUAAAGUAACUUAUUUAUUUUAUGCCACGAUAGAUUGUUUUAUUUUCAGACAAUAUCUUUUUAUUGGCCUAUUAAGGGUAGGUGCAAUCAUUUGAAGUUAUUUUUCUAGUUUUGUUUAUCCAUUAUAGAUUGCAUAUUCUUGUGGUGGCCUGUUGCUCAAGAAAGCUGUUCUUCCCAAUGAAACUUUUUUGAAACCUUUUCAACAUACUGCCAGAUAAGAGAAAUUAUGCCUUGGAUUAUUGUUGGCCUGUAGACCUCAGGGUGCUGUUUAAUCAGUAUGCUUGCAAUGUGGCCCCCUACCCAUUGGCCCUAAGACCAACAGAAAUUUUAAAAGAUUUUCCACACAUCAAAAAUUCUUCCUUAUUCUACCAUAAACCAAUAGGCAAACUGAGAUUGUGCCAGUGAAGAGUGACCAAGAUUUUACUGUUACCUGAACGUCCAGUGUAUGCAUCUCCUUUUAAGAAUGUUGAUGUAUGAGUUUGAGUUGUCAUCGAAACCAUUUUCCUUCAUCUCUGGUGCCCCUUCACCACUGUACCAUGUGUCGUAGAAUUUCAGAUUAGGGGACUGAUCUUAUUUCUUUAAUGGGGGUGUGGUAAACUUAGAACAAUCUUUUAAAAAAAGAUGAUGCAGUUCUAUAUUUAUUGUGCUGUACCUGGCCCAGGUGGAGCCAGUUCAACCAGUUUAAUUUGUAUUUUUUCCAGUGUUAAAUCUCACAUUGUGCCCAUUAAAAAAUUUCCCCCCCCUCAGGAAUGAGGCAAAAAUAUUGCCUGUUUUCUCCUUGAGAUUUCACUUUAUGUUACGAGUUGUGUACAAUUGUUCAUCUAUGAGAGAAUAAAAAGUGGAUUUAAAGUAA